GAGAACAGCGAUCUGAGUGAGGAGGUGCAGAGUUCCUCUCCUCUCUCCUUCCCUUUCUUCCUCCUCCUCUCUCUCUCUCUCUCCCUCUCUGCGGCGCAGAGCUGGAAAAGAGCCGACAGUAUUUACUUUUAUUUCUUAUUUUUUUAUUAUUUGUGUUUCGGACGUCGCUGGCAGACGGGGGACUGGAGCCCUUCAGUGCGCUGUGCGGCUCAUUCAGCUUAUUUAUGGUAUCUGAGAACUUUUUCUUUCGGCGGACGGACUUCACAUUUGUGCACUGACUUGUUUUUUUCUACCUCUGCCUUCUGAUUUUUUGUUUUGUUUGAUUGUUUUUCUUCAGUCGUCUGGCAAAGGAGGAGAACUUGCAAAACUUGUGCUGUCUGUGCAGAUCUCUGCGUUUGUAGUUUUUGUGCAGUCUGGUCUACCUCUUGAUUUAUUUCACUUGCAUUUUUUUGUGCAGAAGAGAGAAAAAAAAAAACCUGCAUGUGAGCAGAGCAUGUACAUUGCAAAAUCCUUUGCUGUGUAUUAACAAAAUAAGGUUUUGCAUUUUUCUUGCUUAUAAACCAAGUGUUGCUGCAUGCUACACCGCCCGAGGACUUACACAAACUCCUGCAAAGAAGAAAAUUAGAAGCGGUGUGUUUUCCAAACCGCGCUGCACUCUUUGACGAUCUCGAUCGACAGCAGCCGCAGGGACGCGAUGAGCUCCGCCGAGCUGCCGACGAGCCCGCUCGGACUGGACUACGUGAACGAUUUUGACCUUCUGAAAUUCGACGUGAAGAAAGAGGCGCUCGCCGCCGGGCUCGACGCUGUGAACCGCCGGUGCGUGCAGCCUCAAGGCUCGGUGUCGUCUACCCCACUGAGCACGCCGUGCAGCUCGGUGCCGUCCUCGCCUAGCUUUAGCCCCUCCGAGCACAAGAACCUGGAGGAGCUGUACUGGAUGCCCGGCGGUGGCUACCCACAGCACGUGGACCCUCACGCGCUGGGCCUUACUCCCGAAGAUGCCGUCGAGGCCCUGAUCGGGCAUGCUCCGCCGCCUCACGUUCAACAGCAGCAGCUCCAACAGCAAGGUUUCGAGGGUUACCGGGCCAUACAGCACCAUCACGCCCAGCAGGCGCAUCCUCAUCAGCACCAUCAUCCCCAGUACACCGGGCUGCACACGGACGACCUGCACGCCCACAACCACCCUCACCAGCAACACCAUCAGCACCAAGACCCAGACAGCCCAUCUCCGAGCUCGCCGCAGCUCCAUCAUCGCCAUCACGCUCCACACAACCAUCAUCACGCCCAUCAUCAUCACCAUGAAGCGCACGGCCAUGAGGGUCAGCCCGGGCACCACCACGGCAGCGGCGCCGGCCUGACCGUCGAGGAGCGCUUCUCCGAGGACCAGCUGGUCUCCAUGUCGGUCCGCGAGCUCAACCGGCACCUCCGAGGCUUCACCAAGGACGAGGUGGUGCGCCUGAAGCAGAAGCGCCGCACCCUCAAGAACCGCGGCUAUGCCCAGUCCUGCCGCUUCAAGCGCGUCCAGCAGAAGCACGUGCUCGAGAGCGAGAAGACGCAGCUUCUCAACCAGGUCGAGCAGCUCAAGCAGGAGAUCGGGCGGCUGGCACGUGAGCGCGACGCCUACAAACUCAAGUGCGAGAAGCUGACCUCGGUGGCGGGCCCGAGCGCCGCCACGGGGUUCCGCAAGGCCGGAUCCACCAGUGACAAUCCGUCCUCGCCCGAAUUCUUCAUGUGAGUCCGGUUUCAAUCUGCUCUUUGCUGAAGAGACUUUACUAAUCGACAUUGUAUUACAGACGCUACUACUACUAAUAAUAAGAUAAUAACAGCUGUAUUCUGCAUAUUAGCAAAAUAACCCAAAUAAUAACCGAGUUAUCAGAAAUAUCCAAAAAAAAACGACAGCGGCACCUGAAUACAAAGAGGUUUUUUUAUUUGUUUCUUUGUUUCUUUGUUUUUUUUCAGGUGUUUGUUUUGGUUAUGAAUUAAAACUUCACAGCGUAGAUGCUUUUAUAUCCUUAUUUGUACUUUUAUUUUUUUUAAGCAAAUCAGGGAGACGAAACGUGUGUGUAAAAGUCUCCCGGCUUUAGAAAACGUUACGUUUCAGCUCUUCAAUCAGGAGGCAGCAUUUUUGUUUUAAUUGCUUUGUGUUCAAAACUAAAGCUACAGAUUUUUAUUAAAUUUAUUAAAUAUUUUACAAAUAGACAGAAAUAAAUCCUUAAAAAAUUACAGAUCAUAAAAGCUUUGGUUAAUAAUUUUUAUAAAAUAUUAUGGAUCUAAAAUGAUUGAUAGUCUUUUUGUUAAACUCAGACCUUUAAGUUCAAUCUAAUUAUCAGAAGUGGAUUUUUUUUAAUUAUUAUUAUUAUUAUUUGUUAAGUACACACGCUCAUGGUGGCUGUACGUUCAGGAUUUUUUGGAUGACUUUAAAAGUAGUUUGUCAUUUUUUAUAGCUGAUUUUAUUCUUUGUUUCUUUCUUUUUUUUGCUGCAUCUGUUAUUGCUGAUUCUUGAGUAAGAACAAAACACACUUCUUUUCUUUAGCCCUGUUUAUUUUCCUUCUUAAUAUCUGGCGAAUCUGAACGACACUUCAGGACUUUUCUUAUUUCUUAUUUUCUUUCUAUUUUUUCAUGCUGUGAUUUAUUUUCUUUGUCUUUUUGCUCGGGUAGCAUCAACGUUUUCCGGUGAACUCGUUCAAUCUUAUGCAGCCGUUCAGGACAAACCAGAGUCUUUUUAUUACUCAGUACUGGAGGACACAGGGGAGAAACUUUGGACUCUUUUUUCCCUCUUGUGUCUCCGACGUGAGAGCGAGCGUAUGCAAAACUUUUAUGCAACAUCUCGUCGGUUUUAUUGCCUGCUUGGUUCUAUACAGAUAGAUAUUACUGCAUUAUAAUAUUAAUCCUGCAUGCUGGACAUGUACGUUCUGUCCUGACCUGCCCUUUGGGCGCUGACUCCUGCACAAAUGCAGCUAAGCGUGUGUGUGUUCAGUAAAAGGAGAUCUUUGACCUCUGGUGUGGAGUGAGGCCGCUGUGGGAACGCAAAAACACCCGAACCCUUUCAUUACUGAACGUUUAUUAUGCAAAUAUGUUUACAGUAAGGAGAGGAAUUUGCUCCUGAGAAGAGGGCGUGUCUAUAUUCUUAGAUCCCUUCAAAUGCUUCUACUGAGGCGCCUUAUUUCUGAGUGAUGAUCUGACUGAAUGACGAGGGAGCGUCCGACGCCUCCUCAGCGCUGAAGAUCAAUCCCAGCAUUCAGUGCGGCACAACUUCUCUCACAAAAAACUACAAACGUGGCGGACAGAUAAAUGCGGAGCAACCAACGGAGUUCAAUUCAAUUUAUAAUGUAAAUAAAUUCUCAUUGAUGUUUAAUCUGUAUA